GUUUUUUAUUAUUUAAGAAUACACUUGUUGAUUUCACCCACCCAAACGAUGGCCGUGGAUACACUGCACAGUUUACAUUUCGCGGGGCAGUUGUCGAAUAGCGAAGCGAAUGCUGACUACCGUCUGCCUGGUGCCCUGAAUCUGAACGAUUUGCUCAAUAAACUGAUGAGCUUUCGACGCUCAAAGAUGCAAAGACUUCCAUUGUUGGAGUCAGAAGUGAACUUACUGUGCACCCUGGCACGUGAACUUUUCCUGGACGAGCCCAUGUUGCUCAAUGUUCCGGCACCCAUUCGAGUUGUGGGCGACAUACACGGGCAGUUUUAUGAUCUGCUGAAGAUCCUCGAUCAAUGCGGAUAUCCGCCGCAGACACGGUAUCUAUUUCUCGGGGAUUACGUGGACAGGGGCAAGAAUUCGGUGGAAACGAUCACCCUGCUCUUGGCACUGCGCGUCAAGUUCCCAAAGCAUAUUUACCUACUGCGCGGAAAUCACGAAUCGCAGUCGGUGAAUCGAGUCUAUGGAUUCUUUGACGAGUGCAAGCGGCGCUACACGGUGAAGCUGUGGAAAACCUUUGUCGAUUGCUACAACUGCAUGCCCGUGGCAGCCAUCAUUUCCCAUCGCAUCUUCUGUUGCCACGGCGGACUGAGUCCGCAGCUGAAGGAGCUGAGCAACAUCGAAUCGAUUGCCCGUCCCACUGAAGUGCCCGAAACGGGUCUGCUAUGCGAUCUGUUGUGGAGCGAUCCGGAUCGCUAUGGAUUCGGCUGGACAUCGAGUGAUCGAGGUGUUAGCUAUCUCUAUGGUCGCGAUGUCCUCGAGAAGUUUCUGCAAAAGAACGACUUCGAUCUGGUGUGUCGUGCCCACCAGGUGGUGGAGGAUGGAUACGAGUUCUUUGCCAAACGCCAAUUGGUCACCGUCUUCUCGGCACCCAACUAUUGUGGAUUGUACGACAAUGCAGGAGCUUCAAUGGGCGUGGACAAGGACCUAGUUAUCUCUUUCGAUAUACAGCGGGGUGACAUUCGAAGAAUCGUGGUUAGAAAUGAGAGCGUUUCUCCCAUAAGUUGAAAAACUGACUGGAAAGCUAACAGCGAGAAUUCUUUAUGCUGCUUGAACUAUCAAUUCGUGCAAAGAUUAGCAGUAGCUUACAAGCUCAGUAAUCUCAAAUUGUGGACCAGAGCCAAAAGGAUAGAUCAUCUCUCUAUAAAUGUACUAUCAUCAAGUAACAAUUUCACUUUCAUGAAUGAGCAUCUCAAGCAUCAAAAUGGCAUUACUGCUUGAUGAUACUACAUGGAAAACGUAUAAAUUAUAAAUAUAAAUUCAGCAAUGACCACCG